AUGGCGCUGAUCAGUGUUGCUUUCACACUUUUUCUUCUUACUUCAACUGAGGCUAAACGGUGGAACAACACUGGGCAGGGUUCUGUAAUCUUUGAGGAAGCUCUCAGUCUAGACUAUCCAGAAUUCUCUAAAACAAUUGCUGCACCAAUUUUAGGCCAGACGUAUGAUGAUCUCAUCGCAAACCUGGCCGACGUUCACAACCAGCGCAUCCGUUACAUGGACGAGGCGGGCGUUGAUUACAUGGUGCUCUCUUUAACUUCUCCCGGAAUUCAGGAAAUCGGCAAUGCCGCUUUGGCUGAGAGCCUGGCUACGCAAGCCAACAAUGAUUUUGCUGCACUGAUCGCCAACAACACUGAGAGGUUUGGAGCAUUUGCAGCUCUGUCCAUGCACAACGCUACUCAAGCCGCAGAGGAGCUGCGCCGCUGCGUUCAGGAACUCGGGUUUCAUGGAGCUCUGCUGAAUGACUUCCAACAAGUCGACUAUGACAAUCAAACACUUCUUUACUACGAUAGCCAGGCAUACGACCCAUUCUGGGCAAUGGCUGUUGAGCUCGAUGUUCCAAUCUAUCUUCAUCCCCGGGCACCGACACCUCUGGUGAAAAAGCUUGACUAUGCCCAUGCCACGUGGGUCUUGGGAGCUCCUCAUCAGUUUGCGGUGAGCCUGUCGACUCACAUUGUUGGACUAUGCACCAACGGUGUUUUCGACCGUUUCCCAAGACUUAAGGUAGUUGUUGGUCAUCUGGGCGAGCGUAUCCCUAGCGACUUCUGGCGCAUUGACGAAAUGUUGGCUCGUAAGGUUCCUGAAGGAAUGCCAAUGAAGAAGAAAUUCUCAUCUUAUUGGCGUACCAACAUUUACGAAACGACGACUGGAAACUUCUGGACCGACCUCCUUGACUUCCACCGAAACAUCCUGGGCGCUGAUAGAAUUUUGUAUUCAGUUGAUUAUCCAUUUGUGAUGCCUCAGCAGGGAGCUAAAUGGAUCAAGACUUUGCCUUAUAGCAAGGAAAGCAAAUUGGACUUAACCCGCCGUAACGCUAUCAAGCUCUUAAAACUAAAUAACUAA